AUGUUCAAAUCAAUCAUUCUUCUGACAGUUGUAGCAGCUGUCCCAGCCUUUGGAAGAACUGUGCACAGCGUUCUCGUCUUCAGUCGACAUGGAGAUCGAACAUCGAAGUUCUAUAAGAACUACCAAAUGACCAACUUGGGGGCUGUGCAGUGCUUCAACAGUGGAACGUACUAUCGCAACCGCUACGUUGCUGCCCGUGCAUCAGACCAAAUCGCUGGGAUCUCGCCGCCAGAUGUAGACCAUAGUCAGCUGUGGUUCAGUGCUCCUGAUCAGUCUGUUCUAUUCCAAACAGCUCAGAACUUCGCGCAAGGUCUCUACCCUCCACUCGGUAGUCUGGACGAAGAUCUGGCGACGGAAGAGCUGGCCAACGGAACUUCCAUCGAGAGCCCUCUCAAUGGCUAUCAGUGUAUCCAUAUCCAAGGCGAGGCGGAAAAUGCCCCUGACACAAUCUGGUUGAAAGGCGACGAUGAGUGUCCGGCUUGGACGAAUGACUCUAAGGAGUACAAGGUGUCCGACCAGUACCAACAGACGCUCAACAGCAGUCAGGGCUUCUACGACCAGUUUGUACCUUUGCUCGGCGAUAUCUUGGGGCUGGAGAAUGUUUCGUAUGCUCAAGCGUACAAUGUCUUCGACUUGCUCAACACGGCUUACGUCCAGAAUGCUUCGGUGUCCGAACAAAUCGUGUCAGAAGAUCUGGCUGAGGCCAGGUAUCUUGCUGAUGAGUGGGAAUGGAACAUGAACUUCAACGCUUCGAAUCUGGACAGAGUCAUAGGAGGGAUGUCGCUUGCCGGUGGCAUCCUCCGCCAACUCGAAGCGGUCGUUCAAGAUGAGGCCGCCACGAAGUUCAGCCUCAUGACUGGCAGCUACGACACUUUCCUCGCCUUCUUCGGCCUGGUAGACCUAGCUUCUGUCUCCACAGACUUCAUGGGUUUGCCAGAUUACGCUUCAACCAUGGCAUUCGAAGUGUUCUCCGAAGCCGACAAUGCGUCUUUCCCAACGAACCCCGAGGAUGACUUGAGGAUUAGGUAUCUCUUUCGUAAUGGCACGGGUAGUGAUGAGGAGCUCACUGCAUAUCCACUCUUCGGCCAAGAAGACGAGGCAAUGGCGUAUGGCGCGUUCAUGUCAUCGCUUCGAGAUCGAGCGAUCACCAGUGUGAGCGGAUGGUGCAAGAGGUGUGGUGCAAAUGCGGAUUUCUGCCUUGCGGAGACGUCGAAUGGAACUGCAGAACAAGUCACCGCAACAGAGAGUUCUGGAUCUGCUCUUUCGAAUGCUGCAGCUGGCGGUAUAGGUGCCGGCGUAACGAUUGCAGUCGUUGCCAUCCUCGGCCUUGCUCUUUGGGUUUUCUUGUCGAAAAGACGCAAGCAGACGUGGAGCAGCAUGAUAGGCGAGAAGACAAGGAGUGAUAGCGGUAGCAGUAGUAACGUCGUUUAA